ACACAAGCAGAGGCUACUUCAGAAUUACUCAAGAUUGAAUUUCACCCUAAGUCUGGCAUUGCAACAAAGAUAGUUCCAUUUACCAUGGGAACAUCAAACUCUGAUGCCAAGACUAUUUCAAAUAUCAACCUAUUUGAAAGUCCUUGGGCACCCUUUGCAACCAAGGCAGACUUUGAGUUUGCAGAACUGGUCACUGAAGAUAACUGCUCAAUUCACUCAAUAGGGACACAUAUUAAAAUUCAUCAGCAAUCUCCCCAACCAGCCAUUACCUUUACCACUUAUAAAGGAUUUGAAAAAACACUCAACAAAGCUGCAGAGCUUCUUACAAAUGAGCAUACUGUGGUGGUCCCAGUUGUUCCAUCAGAUAAGACCUCUGAAAGGCGUUCUCAUAUCCUCUUUUGCAAAAAUGUGCAUCAGUAUCUGACUGACCUCCUCUGUGAUCCACUAUACAUCCAUGAAGUUGAAUGGGCCCCCCAAAAGACAUACAAGUCAACAAGUGGAGGCUGGAUGCGCUUUGUAAGUCAGCCCUGGACUGCAGAUGAAUUCUGGGACAUCAUGAAUGAUCUCCCAGAACAGGAUGAUGGGACACCUUCCGUGCUACUGGCACUCUCAGUGUACUCUGACAAGUCUCAGCUGUCCAGCUUUGGAACAGUGAAGGUGUAUCCAGUCAUCCUGCGUGUCCUCAACAUCCACAACAACAUCAGGAACACAACUGGAUUUGGAGGUGGCCACCUAAUUGGACUCCUUCCUCAUGUUGAAGAAAGAGCAGAAGAUAAAUUUGACCUUGCAUCAUAUCGCAGGAACUUGAUCCACAGCAGCUUUGCUGAGGUGUUUGAGUCUCUUAGAACACCUAGUAAGGUUGGAACUCGGCUCCAGUGUGGUGAUGGGAAGGAACGUCAUAUUUAUUUCUAUAUCAAGGAUGCUGUUGCUGAUGGAGAAGAGCAGACCAUGUUGACAGGCACAUUGGGACCAAAUGCAAAUUAUCCUUGUCCCCGAUGCAAGGUUCACACCAGCCAACUAUCCUCCUUGACAGUCAAAUGGCCUGUUCAGACAUCAGAAGACAGUCAUUCAAUAAUUGAAUCUGCACAAUCUGCCAACACAAAGAAGCAGGCAGCUGAAAUCCUCUCCAGUGCUGGCUUGGCUGGGGUUUGGAAUGCCUUCUGGGCUCUUGGGAGUGAUCCACAUGCAAUGGUAUCCUAUGACAAACUUCACUUCAAUGAUUUGGGACUCUGGGGGGACCAUAUUUGGCCAUUAUGCAAGGGGAUUAUUGAAGGAUAUCCCAAGUUUAUUUGGGCAAAAUUUGAGCAGCACAUCUCAGAGAUUCCACGGUGGCCAGAGUUGACCCACUUUAAAAAUUGCCUUUCAAUGUCAUUCUCAGAUGGCACAAAAUAUAGUCACCUUCUCAAGGUUGUUCUUCAUGGACUCCAUGACUUAAAUGAGGCAUUUUACCCUAUCUCAACACUCAUUCGUGCUCUUGCAGAGUUCUCGGUCCUUAUUUCUCUGGAAGUCCAUACUGAUGAAACUCUUGAAUGGGGUCAUAAAGUUGUGCAGCGACUUUCAGAUGCAAUGAAACAGGCACACACUAAAUCAUUAGCACCCAAUGGGCAGAAAUCUUGGCUGUUCCCCAAAGCACAUGCAACAUCUCAUGCAUUUGAUGAUGUGUGCAAGAAAGGGGCCCUUAUUCAUGUCAGUACCAAGCCAGGUGAAAGGCAUCAUGGGGAAUACCGGCAGAUGUAUUUGUCAAGUAACAAAAAAAAUGUUGACAAGCAGAUUGUGCUUAAGGACCAACACAAAGCAGUUUUGAAGUUAAUAAAGCGGAAUAUUGAGCAUGCAGAAGAAUAUAAUGCUCAGCAGAUAAUGCCCAGGGAGCCCAGUGAUGACUCACACAUUCCAACACACCAGGAUGAUGAAGUAAUUCACAUCAAAUUACGCAGCCCACACAGGCAUCCAUAUGGCCUCACUCUCAGCAUGGUUGAGCAUGAACAAACCAUGACCCAACAUUCCAUUUUCAAGGAUUUCCGGCAUAAAACACUCAAUUUCCUCAAAACAGUUUAUGGGCUGGCAACCAUACUUCCUAAAACUGAGAAUAUCACUGAGUACCACUUGCUUGAGGUUGCAUAUGAGUCACAAGUUCACUGGUACACCAAUCAUGAUUUACUCCGCACCAAUCCAAAUUUCCAUGGGCAAGCCCGCUAUGAUUCUGUAAUGGUAGACACAGUCAAUGGCCCAGCUUUUGCCCAGCUGGUCCUGAUGUUUCGUAUCACACCUUCAAGUAUCAUUGGUACAGUACAACUUGCCCUCAUCCGCUACUACACUCCUAUCCACCCCACUUCCUGCCCACUUUCAGACAAACCUGUUGGCUUCAGACGAUUCAAACUCAGUGAAGAAAGUUCAUCCACUAUCAUCUCAUUGGAAUCUGUCAUUCGUGGAGUGUUGAUGGUCCCCACAUUCUUGGAGUCCAGCAAUGGAGCAGACACAUUUUUUGUCAAUGACCUUGUUGAUGGUGACAUAUUUAUUCGAAUGAGGCGUUUAACACACAGCUGA